GCUAGCGCUACGUAGCGCUACGUAGCGGCUUCAUGUAGCAGUUGCAAUUGCUGCGUUACUUCUGCUGGACAGUAUGGCUACGCGUAGCAUGUUCUAAGUAGUGGCCGCCAUUUACAAUAAUACCGUCUCAAUUAUAAUACUUUGACACUUUUUUUGCCAUUUUUAUAAAUAAUUAAAAAACACAAUUUAGCAACCGAAGAAUACAACGGCGAUUUGUAUACAAACAUAUUUGCGCUUACAAAAAGCGCUGCGCGUAGCAAUACUAUCCAGCAGAAGUAACGCAGCAAUUGCAACUGCUACAUGAAGCCGCUACGUAGCGCUAACUUCGGCUAAACACACCCAUUUUAAAACGCUAUUUCCUGGGGAAAAACACGUUCCUUUACCGAAAGUUCCGGCCGAGUAACUCUCUUGAAUAACCUAAUAGACGGCUUCGAAAUGGCUUUCCAAAAUGUUACUCAUUGCAUUUUCGAUAUGGACGGCUUGUUAUUAGACACGGAAUCACUGUACUCGAUGGCGUACAAUCGUGUCACUCAAGAAUAUGGGAAGACGUAUACCUGGGAACACAAAGCGGCAAUUAUGGGUUACAGAAGCGCAGAAGCUUUGGGCAAGAUAAUAGAUAUGUUAGAACUGCCGAUCUCGGUGCAAACAUUUGAGGAGAAGUUGGCACCAAUAUAUCAAGAAGUAUUUCCUAGUUGUGGUCUUAUGCCAGGUGCAGAGAAGCUGCUGCGGCAUCUCAAAACCAACAAUGUUCCUAUUGCGCUAGCUACAAGUUCGUGCCAAGAAAGUGGUACUUUAAAAACACAAAACUGGAAACACAUAUUUGAUCUGUUCGAUCAUAAAGUGUACGGUGGUUCCGAUCCAGAGGUGUUGCAUUCAAAACCAAGUCCAGAUGUGUUCUUGGUUGCCGCAAAACGUUUUCCCGAUAAUCCCGAUCCUUCAAAGUGUUUAGUCUUUGAAGAUUCACCAAAUGGAGUUCAGGCUGCCAAUGCUGCCAAGAUGCAAGUUGUGAUGGUCCCAGAUCCUCAGCUUCCUAAACAUCUCGUCAAAGAUGCCACAUUGAUCUUAAACAGUCUGGAGGAUUUCAAGCCCGAAAAUUUUGGACUACCACCGUUUGUAGCAUAAAAUUAUUUAAGUUCUUGAGAGAUAAAGUAUUUAGACACAAAUUAGGUCAAAUUUCAUAUCUAAACUCUAGUAACCAAAGUAAAAUAUGAUGAUAUCGUUAUUGAUAAAAUUUACACAAAAGCCUGCAGGCAGGUUUUGCUUGACACUUAUUGGAACCUGACUGAUGUAUAUACAAAUUUUUUUUGAAAAGGAUUAUACAAGUUUUAGUUUUCAGAUAUGUGUAUUUUCAUAUUACACAAAGCAGUUAUCACUGUCAGAGUAAAAGAGAGUUAAAAAAGAGAGCGAUGAAAAAACCCUUAUUUACUUACUUACAAGAUCUCUGUUUUACAACACUGUCGGUUAUAGAUAUAUUUUAGUGUCUACUGAGUUCCUUGUCAAGAAUCUGCUUCUUAUAUAAUUUUUUUGUUAUAAAAUGUAUUGAGAAAAAAUUAUAUACACAAAAGGUAAACUAUAUACACAUACUCUUAAUAGAAACUGUACAGGAGAAAUAAAAAAUAUAUUUCUGCAAGAAAACAGUAAUACAAAUUUUGUAAAACUUGGAAUUUUGUCAGUUUUAUAAAUCUUAACAUCUUAUCUCUUAUGACGCACAUGUACCUGCAAUAUAAAUUUUUUUUAUGUAAUAAAGGGAAG